AUGCCACGGGGACGAGAACAGGAACGGGGAGGAGCGAAAAACGAGGAGAUAAUGGACGCGGAGAGGUCUGCUCUGUUGGCGAGGAUGGGUCAGGAGGAUGGAGGUCAAACACGGCGCAGGACAGAGCGAAUUGGACGAGAGGAUGGCGACAGAACAAAAGAGAAGGAGAGAAAAGGUAGUCACAGUGCCGGGCUCAGCAUGAGGAUUGGGGAGAGUGAGGUGUGGAGGAAACGAAAUGGAGUGAGAUGA